ACCGGCCAAAUGUUCACCGGCCAGCGAGCAAGUGAAUUUUCUGGCGAACGGAACAAGGGCACUUUCGUCCAAAAAGAAAUCAGAAUUUAAAGUUACCGUCCCUAAAAAUAAAAAAUCUGUUCUUCCCGUCUUCUUCGUUACCUUAGGAGACAACCCUAAUCCUCCUCCGCCAUACGCACGACCUCGUUCACCACCGUUGCCGGGUCUGUCCAGGCACUUCUUGACCGGCGUCGGAUUCACCGCCGGAUCUGUCCAAGUAGUUGCCGGCGAAGAGGUCGCUGAAGUGCGACCGGCUCUCCUUCAGUUUCCUCAGCACCUUCGCGCACGAGACCCUCAAUUCCCUCACCAGCCUUUUCCGAGUCUUCAAGGAUGUGCAGAUGGCCGACGCAGAGACCUUCGCUUUUCAGGCGGAGAUCAACCAGCUCCUGAGCUUGAUCAUCAACACUUUCUACAGCAACAAGGAGAUUUUCCUUAGCGAACUUAUCGGCAAUUCAUCUUAUGAAGAAUUAGUCAGUGAUGAUGGGAGUCCACAGUAUUCAAUCAUAGACCAAGACACAGUUGUCCCCUGCAUCUUCAAGCCGUUGAACGAAUCUCUGUCUUGGUUGACAAUUGGGACAGUUUCUGAGUUUUAGAUGAACUAUAAGAUCUUUGAGAUUUAGUGAGAAGCAGCUAAACUGUCGAGGUUAAAGAGUGAACGUGUGAAGCGGAUUAGUUCAAGGCAGCGGAGUGUAGAAUAAAUUGAAUGCGAACUAAGUUUCU